UUUGACAAAACCUUCAGCUUAGCUUCAGGAAAAUCAAAAGAGACGCCAGUUCUUAUAUUUUAUUGUGAUUUGUGAAAAAAUUAUCCUCAACUUUUGCCCCAUCAACAAAAGAAAAACCUAAAAUAAACAAAAUUUCACAAACACUUCAUCUGUGCAUUAGAAAAAUGAGCUUUUCUGGUGAAUCCUCCGAUUCAGAAUGUCCUCUCAACAACAACUCGUCGGAUUCCAGGAAAGCUACCAAAGUAAAAACCGAGCAAAUUUUAAAAAGCGAGAAAAAAUACUACCAACAGCGCUUCGUUGAGGGCUGGUUGGAUCGAUUCAAGCCGUGGCUAGCACGGGACGCCAUAGAUCCAAAUAAACCCUUCUGUAGAGCUUGCAAUUGCCGCCUGAAUUGCAAUAAGUGUCACUUGCAGCGGCACGAGAAGACCACCAAACACAAUUCGAAUUUGGAGGCGUACAUGAGUGCCAACGGGAUGGUGUCCUUCAAACAGAACGUCGGCCAGAAGAAGGAACGCCGAAAGGUAAUAAAAACAUCUCCCCAGACAGAAGCCGAUGACGAUUCGAAGUUCGAGAGUGUCUUCAUGGACAUCGACUUCGAAGCUGGAAAUAUAAAUUGCAGGAGAGAGAAGGAAGAUGAGAAGCUUCCGCAGGAGACGCUGCACGAUUUCCAAUUCAUUCAGAACGAGAACGAGGGUGAGAUCCAGCAGAUGGCCCCCGAUGAUACUAUGCCCCACCUGUACGAGACGAAUAUAGUCCAUUCGACAGCACAAAAAGAGAAGCCCACCUCGACCCGGAGAUCCGAUGACUCGAGUAGCGGGAAGAAGGACCGCAAGAAGCUCCUGCUGCAAAUCCAAAAGGACAAAAACGAGCUGAUGUCGUCCUUCAAUGAACUCUUCUCCAACGUAUCGGUCGAAAAGAAAGAACGCAACCAUGUGGAUCUGUUCUUCGAUAGUGUGAGCUCAAGUGUGAAGGCUUUGACGCCCAAGCUGAUUGCCGAGGCCAAGAUGCGAGUGUCGCAGUUGGUGUGCGAGCUCGAGUUGCGUGCCAUCACCGAGAAUGAGACGAUAAAUGCCUCCGCAGGUCCAUCAUCCACAGUCCUGCUGGCUGUGCCGCCCGGCAACGCCUACAUCAUCAACCAAAACCAAGUUGGCUCCAGCCAAAACGACCACGCCUACGAACCCACGGGCUAAACUCAUUUUCAAUUUUAAAUAUUUGUAUUUUUAGUUUUAAUUUUUAAAGUUUAAACAUUUUGAUUCUUAAAAUAACAAAAAUUCAAGGCAACACAAAACUCAAUCAAGUUUUAGAUUCACUCUUCCAUUUAAUUGAGUUUAAUUUAACUAACUUAAGAGAUAAGAUACGGAGCUUCUUUUUAAACGUCACAGUUCAUCCCCGGAAUGUAUUUUACGUUAAUUAAUUACAAUGUAUCAUAGUUAAGUGGAUGAUUGUAAGAUUUAAGAAAAAGCAAUAAAUUUAAAUAGUUCUAAACACAAACAAUAAACUUAUUAUUAG